ACGAGUAGGCGCCGUCGCCAAUGUACCGUCACCAGGUGGCUCCGGGAACCUGUUUUCCCCCGAGCCGCUAUGAGCAAGCGGAACCAGGUUUCGUACGUGCGGCCAGCCGAACCGGCGUUCCUGGCUCGCUUCAAGGAACGGGUCGGCUACAGGGAGGGCCCUACCGUGGAAACCAAGAAAACAGCUGAUAGGAUGCCCACCAAACUGAAGCCCUUGGAAGGGAAGAGAGAUCAUCAGAGAAUCCAGCCUCAGCUCCCAGAGGAAGAUGGUGAUCACAGUGACAAAGAAGAUGAACAGCCCCAAGUGGUGGUUUUAAAAAAGGGAGACCUGUCAGUUGAAGAAGUCAUGAAGAUUAAAGCAGAAAUAAAGGCUGCCAAAGCAGAUGAAGAACCGGCUGUAGUCGAUGGAAGAAUUAUGUAUCGAAAACCGGUCAAGCGUUCCUCGGAUGAAAAAUAUUCAGGUCUAACAGCAAGCUCGAAAAAGAAGAAGGCAAAUGAAGAUGAAAUAAAUAAGCAGGACUCAGUUAAAAAGAACUCACAAAAGCAAGUCAAAAACAGUUGUCUCCUUUCUUUUGACAAUGAGGAUGAAACUCAAUAAGUGUAAAUAUUUUGGACUUAGUCUUCCUUAAGAGUAUAUAGGGUGUUUUCUAAAGUGACACUUUUUUAUUUCUAUUUAAAGAUGACACAAAUUCAUUAUAGAAAAUUCACAGGGGCACCUG